AUGCCCCCGAAACUAGACGCCAACGACCCAGCGAUAAAGGAAGUCUGCGACCUAUUCGCAACCAUCUCCUUCACCGGCGCCAAAGCCCAGGAGACGGCACGCAAGCCAGCCCAAGCCGCCCUGAUCAGCGAUGCCAUCCGCUCCCACAAGCUCGGUGAGGCGGGAUUAGAUGCGAAGCAGGGACAGCUUGUCGUGAGCGCCAUUGUUGGUGGCGAAGCCCUGGGCGAGGGAAGGAGGAGCUACUUGGUCGAGAGGACAAAGAGCGGCGAGCUGGAUAGCGAUGAUCGAGUCAAGACUGCCAUCAAGUACUUGGCUUCCCUCGACCCGGCAGCACCCAUCGACGAUGAGGCAUUCAACGCGGCGUGCGGUGUAGGUGUAGUGGUCACCCCCGACCAGGUAAAGGAGGAGGCGCGCAAGUACGUGAGCGAGAACAAGGCAGACCUGGAUGCCAAGAACGGCGGCGCUAGGCCCAACUUGAGCUCCAUGCUCGCGGCAUUGAAGAGCAUUCCGGCGCUGCGAUGGGCCAACACGCUCGAUAUCAAGAAUGCGGGAGAGGAGCAGCUCAACGCCCUCUGGCCUAAGCAGGCGGAAGCUGCGCAACCUAAGAAGGCAAAGAAGGCAGCCGCGUCGACGCCUGCACCCGCAGCCGCAGCAGGCGGAUCCACCUCCCAGCCCGUACCCACCCCUGCUUCCUCCUCAGCAGAAGACCCAACCACCAUGUUCACCGAGGGCUUCCUCUCCAAGCUCCACCUUCCCGGUGAGAACCCUCAGCUCUCCUCCUCCCUCAAAGAACAACACCUCUCCGCCACUCGCGGUCGAGUCUUCACCCGCUUCCCGCCCGAACCCAAUGGCUACCUGCAUAUCGGCCACACCAAAGCAAUCGCAAUCGACUUUGGCUAUGCGGCCCAUCACGGCGGGCUCUGCUACCUGCGCUUCGACGAUACGAAUCCUGAGGCAGAGGAGGGCAAGUACUUCCAGUCUAUCCUCGAGACGGUCAGAUGGCUUGGGUUCGAGCCGUGGACGAUCACGUAUUCGAGCGAUUACUUUCAGCAGCUCUAUGAAUUGGCGAUUAAGCUCAUCGAGAGGGGAGGGGCGUACGUGGAUCAUUCGACUGCAGAGGAGAUUCAGGAGGAGAGGGGUGGGAAGGAGAGGGGUGGAGAGCGUAAGGAGAGCAAAUGGCGUAAUAGGCCCAUCGAGGAGAACCUCCGCGAGUUCGAGGCUAUGCGUGCCGGCAAGUACGCAAAGGGCACAGCAACUCUCCGGCUCAAACAAGACAUUCUGGGCAACCCCAAUCCGCAAAUGUGGGAUCUCAUCGCGUAUCGCGUCCUCUCCACCCCGCACCAUCGCACGGGGUCCACUUGGUGCAUCUACCCAACCUACGACUUCACGCACUGCCUCGUCGAUUCGAUCGAGAACAUCUCCCACUCUCUCUGCACCACCGAGUUUGUGCUGAGCAGGGAGAGCUACGAGUGGCUCUGCGACGCCGUGGCCGUGUACAAGCCCAGGCAGUACGAGUUCGGCAGGCUAAACCUCGAGGGGACCAUUACGAGUAAGCGAAAGAUUAGAAAGUUGGUAGAGGGAGGAUAUGUAAAGGACUGGGACGACCCGCGCCUCUUCACGGUCAUUGCCAUCCGGCGUCGCGGUGUACCUCCGGGCGCCAUCCUAUCGUUCGUCUCCGCCCUCGGCGUCAGCACGGCCGUAUCCCAAAUCACGGCGGUUCGCUUCGACCAGUCGAUCCGCUCCUACCUCGAGUCCUCCACCCCACGCCUCAUGAUGGUCCUCCAGCCUCUGCGCGUGAUCCUCGAAAACGUACCAGAGGGCUGGGUGAUCCACAUCGAGAAGCCCCUCCACCCCAAGGUGCCCGAGUGGGGCAAGAACGUCCUCCCUCUCACGCGCGAGGUCUUCAUCGAGCAAUCCGACUUCCGCACGCAGGACGACCCAGACUACUUCCGUCUUGCGCCGGGCAAGUCCGUGGGACUCUUCCAAGCCCCAUUCCCCAUCACCUGUCUCUCCCACGAGGUGGACCCAACCACAGGCCAGACCGUGCUGAUUCGCGCCCGCUACGAGGACCCGGAGAUGGGAGGCCAAUCGAUGCCCCGCUCAGCACUGAAGAAGCUGGCCUACAUUCACUGGGUCUCCACCCACGCCCCUUCGCGCUCCCCAGUGAAGAUCGAUGAGGCCCGUAUCUUCCACCCACUCUUCACAGUCGAGAACCCUGCGGCCUCUCCCGACUUUUUGGGGUGCAUAAACCCAGACUCACUAGAGGUGCACAGUGGGGCAUUGAUCGAGCCCGGAUUCUGGGGAGUGGCAAAGGAGGCCCUCAAGACGGCGCAUCGUGAGGCGGGUCAGCGGACGGAGAAGGCCAAGGCGGAACGGGUUCGUCUGACCAAGGAGGGAGGCGACGUUAUUCGCCCUCCUGCUGGUUGCUCACCCCUCACGAGUAGCGGGGAAGGGGCGCCUAACGCAGAUGAGGCUGAGGGACUGGUUGGGCUCGAGUGUGUAAGGUUUCAGGCUAUGAGGGUGGGGUACUUUGCGGUUGAUCGGGAGAGUUUGGGGAGGAUGAGCGUUGAGACCGGGGAGGAGAGGGAGGGUGACGAUGCGGAAGGGGCGUUGGUACUGAAUAGGAUCGUGAGUCUUAAGGCUACGCCUGUUGUUGCGGCGGAGAAGGGAAAGGCAGAGGCGAAGGGGACGAAGAAGUAG